AUGCGCGCCGCAUCGCGGACGAGCACGGUGAGAGAGGCCAGGACCUCCACGUUGCAGCGACGCUCCUCUUGGUCGACGCGCACCUCGCGAGUGACCAGCCCGACGAGGCCAAGGAAGUCGCCUGGAGCCUGCUGCGGCUGGCGCAGGGCGGCAGCUCCGCCAAGGCGAUGGCCAAGUCGAAGGCCAGAGCCAGGCCAGAGCUCGAGGCGAAGGCGUACGCUGCCGUCGGUGCCGCCUGCUUGGCGGGCAGCGGCGUUCGUAGUAUGGAGCAGGGCGCGGAGGCCGCCGAGCAGUCGUUGGCUGGCGGACGAGGCCGCUGCGCUCCACGUGCUCGCCCAGGCGCAGAUGGCACUGGGCAACCUGGAGGGCAGCAUGGACGCUGCGGAGCAGGCCGUCGCGGGAUGGAGGAGGCUGGGCCGGGGCACCGAACUUGUCGCUUCCCUUGGCGUUCUGGUGCAGGCGCACGUCAGGCAGGGGAACCCACUCGCAGGGCUUCGGGCGUCCAACCGGGAACUGUCCGAGCAGCGGCGGAACGGCAGCCCGAGGGGCGUCGCGGACGUCUUGCGCUUCAUUGCGGACACGCACUCCACGCUUGGCGAGCCAGUCAGCGCCCUGCACAAUGCUCAGGAGGCCUUGGGCAUCUACACAGCCCUGGGCGAUCAGCUGUCGCAGGCGUCCGUGCUUUUAAGGAUCGCAGAAUUGCAGCCUCUGGUGGGAGCGCUGGCGGAGGCGACGAGCUCUGGAGAGCUGGCUCUCAAGAUGUUCAGGACCAUCGGGCACCGCCGUGGCGAAGAGGAGGCCAUGAGCAUCCUCAGCGGCUUGCUGGUGACGCGGGGGCUGCCAGAGCAGGCGCCCCGGCGUGCGGAGGCGCUGGAGCUGGCCCGAGAGCUGGCUAGGGCUGUCGAGGCUCGGGACGCGGGCAGGGUCGAGGCCCUCGAGGAUGCCCUGGCGGACCUGGGCGGCCUCGUCACCGGCGAGGACAUCCGCACCGCGCUGGCCCCGGUGCUGCUCGGCGACCCUGCUGCAGCGGGCUUCCUGCAGGGGCUGGGCUGGGACAUGCGCUGGGCGACCGGAGGGCACGCCACGCUCGCGUGCUGCACGCCGCGCGAGUUCUACGCGGGCGCGCAGGCGGCGGGCAUGAGCUACGGGCCGCAGUUCCGGACGGUGCACCCGGCCAGGCUCGGGAGCCACCGCGAGGGCAGUGCCGUGGCCCUGGCGGUCCUGCAGCUGCCGGCGGACGACCGCUGGCAGGCGCGGAUGGGGUUCCGGCCCGGCAUCCUCGACGGUGCGCUGCAGUGCCAGGGUAUGCUGGACCGCUGA